CGCAGCAUGUAAACAAACGUUCCCCAGACAAUUUCCACCAGCAAGGAGAAGCGGGAAAAAGGUCCAGGUGAUAUCAAAAGUCUAACAAAAAAGACAAAAGACAAGAAGGAAGUAAGAGAGCUUAGAUUUUUCCUUUUUUUUCUAACUCUCUCUUGCAAGAUGUCGAAGGCCAGGACUCAGGAGCUGAUGAAGCUGGACUUGUAUGAAAUUUUAGGAGUGCCCCUUGAUGCCCAGGAAAAAGAGAUCAAAAAGUCGUACAGGAAGAAAGCCCUGAAAUGCCAUCCUGACAAAAAUCCGGAUAAUAAGUCAGCUGCGGAAGAAUUUGACCAAUUGAAGAAGAUCUUGGAAAUAUUGCUAGACCCUGGUGCUCGUUCGGCUUAUGACAAGGUACUAAAAGGCCGAAAAGCAGCUGCGGUGAGAGCUCGAGCAGCUAGUGCAAAAACCCAAAAGCUACGAUCUGACCUUGAGGAGCGAGAGAGGCGAGCGCAAGAACAGCCUCGGAUAUCAGAGGAAGAAAAACUUCGGCGAGAAUUAAAGAGACUAGAAGAGGAAGGGGAGAAGAUUAUUCAAGAUGAGCUGGACAGACUUAACACAGAAGUGGAACGGGAACUAAACAAACCUGCAUCCAAGGCAGCUGCAGAGCCCGAGCAAAAUGGUUACAAAGUCAAGGUGAAAUGGAUAGCCACGGAAGAUUGGCCAGGCUACACUGAGCAAGAAAUUCAUCAGCUCUUUUAUAAGUGGGGAGAAAUCAAUGCAAUGGUGAUGAAGCAGAGGUCAAAGAAAGGAACAGCAAUGAUAGACUACAAGACCAAGCAAGGAGCGGAUAUGGCAGUCCAGUUUGAGAAAGGCCAGAUUGGAAAACCUGUCGAAGUUUCACAUGUGUCCGAAAAGCCGCCAAAGGAAUCAGCGUCGAAGAGCAAAGCACCAGAACCCGAAGGAAAAAGCUUCGAUUUUGAGUCUGUGGCAGACAUGAAUCGAAGGCGAGAAGAGGAGAGAAAGAAGUUGAUUGAGGAAAUUUUGAAGAGUGAAAAUAUGUGAAGUUGCCUUUCUCUCCCCCUUCUUUUUUAAUGGAUGAAAGGUGCAAGAUUUGGAGUGUGAUAGUUUUAAGAGGGAUAUUUCUUUUUAAAUAAAACUUAUUUUUGGA